GCUGCAUAAAUAGAAAAAGACUACUCUCACCAAAAAGUCCAAAAUGGAAAACAAAUCAGGUGAAGGGAAACGACACAUCCCUCUACUGAGCCCUUAUGAAAUGGGAAACUUUCAGCUUUCUCAUAGAGUUGUGUUGGCGCCGUUAACAAGGCAAAGAUCAUAUGGCAAUGUUCCACAACCACAUGCUAUCCUUUAUUUCUCCCAAAGAACUACAAAAGGAGGUCUUCUAAUAGCAGAAGGCUGUGGAAUUUCUGACACUGCCCAUGGGUACAAAGAUACAUCUGGUAUAUGGACAUACGAGCAAGUUGAGGCCUGGAAACCAGUUGUAAGUGCAGUCCAUGCCAAAGGAGGAAUCUUUUUUUGCCAACUUUGGCAUACAGGGAGGGUUUCUAGCAAAGAUUUUCAACCCAAUGGACAAGCUCCUAUCUCCUGCACAGACAAGCCAUCAAAACCUUUAAAUUGUUCUGAUGUCCGGGAUGUUGCACAAUUUCCACCACCACAGCGGUUGAGAACAGACGAAAUUCCUCAAAUUGUUAACGAUUUUUGGCUUGCUGCUAGAAAUGCUAUUGAAACUGGUUUUGAUGGGGUUGAGAUCCAUGGAGCUCAUGGCUAUCUAAUCGACCAGUUUAUGAAAGACCAAGUCAAUGAUCGAACUGACCAAUAUGGAGGGUCUUUAGAGAAUCGUUGUAGAUUUGCACUUGAAAUAGUUGAAGCAGUUGUAAAUGAGAUAGGAGCUGACAGAGUCGGAAUAAGACUUUCCCCAUUUGCUGAUUACAUGGAUUCAGGAGACUCAAAUCCAAGUGCUUUGGGACUUUACAUGGCUGAAUCCUUGAAUAAGUAUGGCAUUGCAUAUUGCCACAUGGUUGAGCCAAGAAUGAAAACACUUAGGGAAAAAGUUGAAUGUCCUGAAAGCCUUAUACUCAUGAGGAAGGCAUUUAAAGGUACUUUUAUUGUAGCUGGUGGUUAUGAUAGAGGAGAUGGAAACAAAACUGUGCUUGAAGACCGAGCUGAUCUUGUUGCAUAUGGACGUAUGUUCAUAGCUAAUCCGGAUUUACCAAGGAGAUUUGAGCUUGAUGUACCUCUCAACAAGUAUUACAGGGAAACAUUCUAUACUUCUGAUCCUGUUGCUGGCUAUACUGACUAUCCAUUUCUAGAAACCACAAUAUGACACCGAGGAAGCACU